AUGCCUCCGAAGAAAAAGAAGAGUGGCAAGAAGAAGAAGAAAAGUGGAAGAAAGAGCGCCAAAAAGACGCCUUCUGCGGCCCCUUCAAGUGACGUUCUCAAUGAACUGUCGAAGGAAUACUUUCUGAUUCAGAUUAGGGACUUGGAGGAAAGGCUUGCUCGCUAUCAGAAAAAGUGCGACGAACUUGAACUUGCAAAUCAGGAUUACAGGUCACAGUUUGAACAGCAAACAACGGAUAAAAAAGAAAUCGUAUCGUUUUUAAAGAAACAACUGGAACAAAGAGCUGAUGAAAUAGCCGAUCUACAAGAUCGGUUGAUCGGAUUACAACAAGCCAAAGAUAGUGAGAAAGAUCAAUAUGAAGUACAGUUAGCCACUUUAAGAACUGAGAUGCAAGAAAUUAAAGACCAAUUAACAUCGGAAAACAUGGUUUUGGGAGGAAAGUUAGCUUCCUUGGAAGAAUUUCGUGUACAAAAGGAAGAUUUGAUGGCAAAAUUUGCAAAGAUGGAAGAGGAAUUGGAGAAACAGCAGAAAGAACAUAAAGACGUGAUUUACAAUUUGGAAAGGAAAGCUGUGGUAGACAAAGACAGGUUUGAAAACAAAAUCAUUUUAGUAGACAAGUGGAGCUCCCAUGUGGCCAGUCUGCACUCGCAAAUCUUGUUUUUGUAUGUGCAUUCUCAUUGUACAUGCCAAAAUCUAAGCAAUGCACGUGUCGGAAUGCCUGUUUGCAAUAGGAUGACACUAGUUUACUAUAUUAUUUACACAUAAAAUUUACCUCUGGAAGCGUAAGAUCUUGUUGAGUUCUGUUAUGCUCUGCAGACUGGCCAUGUGGUAUGCAUGAACUCUUGUAUCAGUACCCACUCAGUUGUUGGACAGUUCAGUAGCCUGUAUUCUUGUGUAAGGCUUGCAUGCGGUCUUUCACACCUUAAUAUGAGAAUAUGUGACAUCCGCUGACAGUUGGUCAAUAUUCUAUUGGCCAAUCAGAAAUACUGUUUAAUCCAUCCGCUAGCGAAGGCAGUUUCAAAACUCUCAUGGGUUUAGUGUAGGCGGGUUCUUUCUCUCUGCCUUUUUUCCCUCACCCCCUUCCCCCCUCGUUUUCUCGUCUGACCUCAAUUCAGCUUUUGUGUAGCUGUAUCUCUUACUUUAUAAAGCACACACACACACGUGCAAAAAAAAAAAAAACAGCAAAAUACACCUACUAUGCAGGCUAUAUUUUAAGUUACAAAGCCUCCAUUUUCUUUGGAUUUAUAGUCCUUGGUACUUUGUACUAGCCUUGAUCUAUAAAUCGUAGAGAAAAACCUUGGAUGGUAACUUACCAUACACAUAUUUCUACACUCACACCUCAAACUCUCAUUUAGUAAGGGGUGAAAAGUAAACUAUUUGCCAAAAUAAUCUGUCACAUAUACCAAUGACCCCACCCCAAAUGUAAGGAGAGAGGUGUCCAUACUUUAGUUAUAUUGGCAGAGUUCCAUUACAGCAGAUUACUAAAGAGUAAUUAUUUCUUGGCAAGCAACAAACAGUUAUAACUUAUUCUUAAUAAAUUAUAAAUGUGUUAAUCAAUCAAAAUGUAGAAUUCCAUUUGACAUGAAGUCUCAUUAUUGACCUUUUUGAUUUUGAUGUACUUAGACUAAAGAAAGAGAUGGUGCUAAGACUGAAUCAAGUGGCUGCAGAAUUUAGAAAGGUAUCAAACAAGCAAAUGGCUGAAACCACAAAAAGAACCAUCAGGGAAAAUGUCUCAAUCAAUGCACAGCUUGCUAAGAUGUCUGACAAAACCAUGGAGCUCAUUCAGGAAAAUGAUGAAUUGAGAGUGAAGGAGAAGAAGAUGAAACUACAGAUUGAUAUGCUGGAGCAUAAUGAGAAGGAACUGGCCAAGAAAAAUAGCAGCAAUCAGAAGGUACAUUUGCAUUCAUCUGAAUGGUGAAUGGGGUUGAUAGGACAGAGUCCUUAUGUUGAAUUUUAGGUCAAUUUGCCUUUUACUCAAAAUUGGCCUUCAAUUCACUUAAAGUACAAAAGUCUGGACCUUUCCUUUCUAUUGCUUUUGCGUUGCCUUGGCAAAAACUUUCUGAACAACAGGGUUUUAAAAGGUGUUUACCACUGGCAUUUGUUUCAUGGUCCUCUAACUGAACCAUUUGUCAUUGUUUUUCAAUCCUCUUUAGUUGAACUAGCCUAGAUGUCGAUCUUCAUCUAAAGUCAUUAAAACUCAAGUGUGCAAACUUAUUUGAGUGAACGAAAAGGCACUCGCAAAACAUCCAGGCAAUUCUGAGUCAAACAAAAAUUGGCAUAAAAUUCUAUGUGGUUCCUUUAUUUAUUCUCCCAGGCCUUAUUGUUGGCGAGAGAAUUCUGUGAGUUAACUAGGCCUUGGUGUUAAACAAAUUAAUAGUACAGUCAAACUCUGUUAACAUGUACCCUGAGGGGGCCCAUAGAAAGUGCCUGUGUUAAUGGGGUGUCCAUAUUUAAAAGCAGAUUGAAUCAGGGUUGUCAAAAGUAUCUGUAGCUGCCAGCGAAAAUCACCGCCUACUAGGCGGAUGGCAUUUUUUAAAUAACAUAUCAAAAUCACCGCCUACUGAAAAAGGUUAGUAUUGGCCUGCUAACAUCUGCUUUGGCAUUUCAGAAAAUGUUUUUUUACGGAUGGCAUGAUUUUUAAAUAACAUAUCCCUGGACUGCUUAAAAUAGUUUUAAAAUUUUUUCUUUCAGAUAGAAUCGUUCAUUAGGCACAGUUUUUAGGAGAAACUGUCAAUACUUUUCUGACAGGCUAAAAGCGCGGCAGGCGACGCGAGUAGUAAUUUAUUUUGUAGAAAACAGAACUAUGACAACUCAGCCGUCUGCAUCAAAACUUUCUGCAAACCUUGUUGAAUUUAGAAAUAAAAUAUGAGGGGUUACUUUCCCCAGGGAAAAGGAAAACUGUCCAUAAUAAUGAGGUGUCGGGGUUCGACUGUAUUGGUUGGCCUCUCUGCUUUCAUUUAUAAGAUGUCAUUUUGCAAGGAAACCAGUGGGGAUGUCGCGAAAUGUCAGCUGUUUUCUAAAGCUAAAUAUCGAUACAUCCACAUGUAUUUGACUGUUCUUGUUGAACAGUGCCACUGUGGUAUCCCAGAAUACAAUGUAAGUCAAAUGACUUAUGAUAUAAUUAUGGUAGCUUACAUAUCACUAUCUUUAUGCUUUACAUGUCCUAAGUCUAAUGAGAAUGAGAUAUUGAUAACCUUAUCAACCUGUAGAAGUUUUAAGCUCAUCUCCACCCACCCUACCCAUGAGCAAAAUUAUAACCUACGCCCUGAUUGUAGUCCAAGUUUGUUUUUAUGUUGCGACUUGAAAUAGAGCCACCAUUUUUAUAUUAUUAGAGCAUUUUACAAAGGAGUGUGUAUAUAGUAGAUUUAACGUUCCAUUAUCUGGGUACUUUUAGAUCAUCCGUAUGCUGACAGAGAAGGCUAAACAGCAGGAGGAGAUGUUAGUUGAAUAUGAUGAGAGUGAGGCACAGCAGAAAGACCUUGAAAGUGAAGUCGACUUGCUUCGAGCACAGGUGGAUAGCAUGAAGGAUGAACUCAGAGUAAGUAUCCUCAUGUGUGAACAACCUGAACUAAUGAUGUGAUCCAUGGUAUACCUUUUGUUCCAGCUUACUUCACUCGUGUUUGUAGAGGGAACCCCCAUAGGUCCUUGUGAUGAUUUUACUCCUCUCAGUUGACUCAUAAUUAUUUUUUGUCUCAUACUCUUAACCUCUAAAUUAAAUUUGUGCCAAAGAAAACACAAAAUAAGUGAAAUUCCAAAUUGAUAUUUUUUAUAAACACUGAUAGAAAAAAAGGUAACAUGCAAAAAUUCUGUCAAGGAGCUCUCAUUUGAAUGGUCACACUAUGGGGCUGUCAACCCACCACGUCUUCAAAUAUUGAGAAUUGAUAGGGAUGGGUUGAUAGAUGAUGUCUUAGCGCACGCUACAUGAUGUCAUUUCUGCAAAAAAUAGUCGUUAGCUCCAAUCGUCAUGAAUUUGCAAUGUUUGACCUGAUUGGUUUACUUCCCACCAAUCACAUUAUUGCAUUUAUUGCUGUCAUGGUAUAAUAUACCAUACUGGAGUAUAUGAGGAGAUGUUGGAUGUUAACAGUAAAAUAGGUCAAACAAUGCAAAAUAUUUAAAAGUUUAUUGUUGGAAAGUCGAGUCUACAAAUGAAUGUCAAACUUCAGUGAUUAAACAGGAGAUUUCAUAUUCUAAUCUGGAGAUGGGGGGAUACGGUGCAAAAUCUUGAGUCUCCUGGAUUAUCCGAGAGAGUUGACAGCACUGCACCAUGUGAAAAUUUAAGGCUCAAUAGUUAGGAUUUAGAACUUACAUGUAGUACUGAUUCUGAUAGCAAAAGAGUACUGUGUUAGCGUAUGUCAAAAAUGAUAGUGGCUGGGCACUUCCCUGAAGAACAAGGUGCGUUUUAAUGGAUUUCGCACAAGGGUGAAGAACAGGUGACACAGUUUAAGGUGGGUGGGGAGUACAAGAAAAAAAUGGAUCCACCCAAAUGUUGAACUUUGCAGUCGAGUGUGAAAAUGAAAAGUAAUGCUUGAUUUCCAUGCUACUAGUCACAAGUAAACACGAGUCUAAUUUUCUGUUUACCAAUUAUUAUUUGCAGAACACAACAGACACAAAGGAGUCUUUAGAGAAUGAACUUGCUAAAGUAACAAAGGACAGAGAUCUGUCUAUGAAGAAAAAAGAUGAACUAGCUGGGAUUCUAUCUCAGGCUGCACAGGCUCUUAGGGCUUCAUUAGCUGUAAGCUACUUCUUUUCUUUUUUAUGAGCAAUCCUAGGCAGGUUCCCCUUCCUUUCCAUUCUCAGACAAUGGAGAACUUAUGCUCUUAUCAUUCUUAAACUUUUGACUGUUGUCGGAGGUGACAUUGUGGACGUUUUGUCCUCUGCUCUUCUUUGGGACACAUUGUGCCUUUAAGUUGGUAUUAAGAGAAGUAAUUUUUAUGGUUAUUGUCUAGUAUGGUUCAGGGGCACCCAACGAGACUAUAGUUCAAAACCACUUAAACAUAGCACUAUUGAACGUAUUUUAGUAUUUAAAUGGUAUUUCCUAGCUGAAAGUCUAGUGAUGCAAAAAUUAUGGGGAUCAAAACUUACCUUUUCGAAAAUUUCAGCCAGAAAAAAGGCUCCUGAAAAUUCCAGGUGACCUUUUUAGGGUAAAAAUCCGUUAAAAAUAGGCAAUUAUACCAUUUUUUAGAUGUUCGAAAAUCCUAAAAGAGGCAGGCAUGCAAGAAAUUUUACAACAAAUGUUCCAAAAAUGCUAGAUCUCAAGUUGUCUUCUGAACAGCUAUUUUCCAAAAAUUGUCGUUGGGUGCCCCUGAUGGUUGAAGAGUGGUAGAACCUAGUGAUAGUGCUGUUAGUUGUAAGUUAAUGUAUAAAGUUUAGGCCUAGAUCUUAGCAUUUCAAAGAAAUAUUUCUGAAAGUUUUAUUUGUGAAAAUAAUAAAAAUCAAUGGCCUAAACUGUAGCCUGGAACAUGUAAGGGUCAGUUAUUAAAACAGUGUUAUAAAACAGUGUCUAAACCAGAACACUGUUCUAAGGCAUUUAAAAUUUGGCCAAUCCUUACCGCUAUAAACAUCGUUUGCUGUUUACAGUGUCAGGUAGGCUUACAGCCCAGACUAAAAACAAAUUCAGCUUUGCUGAAUUUUAAAUCGUGUUUGAAUAAAUACUAUUAUUAUUACCGGUACCCUCAUGAAAUCAACACCUUACAAACCGAUUUAGAGGCCUGCUAAUUGGCUUAAAUGCCUACUAAGUGAGACCCCUAUUAUAAUAACCAUCAUUGAGUGCCUUGCUAUGCAUUCCUCUAGCCCCCCACAAUCGUCCAAGGAAAGCCUGAUGAAGCGGAAGCCGUAUCUCAGCGGGAAAACCUUGUCCAGACUCUCCUGGGAAUAUUGAAUGAUGCCGCAAAAUUUGGCGUAGGACCCAGUGCUAAAGAUUUUGUAGCAGCUCCAGAGAUCAGAGGGUAUUCAAGUCCCAGCCCCGAUAUAGGCAGAUACGUUUAUAAAAAGAAACAGUAAGUUAUUUCCUUUUGUUAUCUGUAUUUCAACUGGUUAAAUUUUCGGCUAAGUAUGCUCAAGACCAGUGAACUUCGAACUGUGAAGUCUUGUAAGGACCACCGGACUUUGGUGUUGAUCAGGAUUAGCAAUGUAAAGUAUAUGUCGAAAAAAAACCCUUUAAAUUACCCAUCCACAGCUGUUCAAUGAGACUUGUCUUAAGUUGAAAGGUUUAGACGUUUGAGCCCAGGAUUUGUACUUGUUUUUGAAUUGUCUUAAAAGUUUUGACAAGGUUGAACAGGACUGUAAACGACUUCUAAUCUCAGACCUCAAGAACUACUUCAUUGCUGUUUGCGGAAUAUAAAAUGCGUAACGAGAUACUGAAACUUACAGAUACUGCAAAUGAAAAAGACAUACGAGUUCAUUGUUCCGAGAAAUGUCUUUCUUUACGCACAAAUUUUGUGUAGUUGUGUGUGUUUUGUUUCUCCUUUCUCGAUCUUUUAAGAAAGAGACCGAUUACUUGUUAUUUUCUUGUUCAAGAGCAAUUCUAAUUCUUUCAUAACCGUUUUUCUAGGACGCCUACUUCAAAGUCCCAGGCCGUGGCAGCUGCAGUAAACCGUCCUUUACCCCAUUACAGGCUGGGAGAUCUGGGAAUAGUUCCCAGAUCCCACCCAAAGCUUGGAGAAAGACCAAGAGCCACUUCACCACUGGCUCCAAUCAGCAAACAAACGAGAAGUAUUGGUGUACAAACUGUUAGCGCUCAAAAGGUGAGUGGUACACCUUCGUUUCUGGGGUCAUACUUGUGUUUUGGGACCUUUUGCUGUCAUGGUCCAGAAAACAAAAGGGCGCCACCCUUUUGUGGAUGGCCUUAUCUCUUACUGAGGUUUUAAAAGUAUCACCGAGCCUUGUUUGGAAAAGCGAGAAACGUGGUUUCAGAUUUUGACAAACAAGACAAUACCUGAGAAAUAUUUUUUUAGUCAGUGCCACUGGUAGCCUGCGUCGCAGAUGUAAUUUAAACUCAGUAACGUCUGCCCCGAAGCAGCCCUGACAACCUUGUCUUGGACCCCCAGCGAACUCAACGAAAACCGGAAGUGCGUUUUGAAUUUCCCUUCAUCUUGAUUGGUAAAUCGACAAUGGGUUUGUUAACUGUCCAAUCAUAGCUCGUACUUAAAUCCUGGUAAAUAGGUGGGGGCACAACAAGAAUUUCGGCGCUGUUUCGCAGACCAACUUAACCAGAGUUUAGUUUCGUCUGCAUGUGACGUAGGCUAUGACAGAGGCGGCUCGGAAGGAAAAAUCCGAUUACUCCCAACGGGAGCUGAACCUGUGACCUUCUGGUAACUAGUGUAGAUGCUCUACCACUGAGCUAAGGGAGACUUGUGGGAGCUAUUUAAGUUAAGGCCACAAAAAUAGGUUCAUGUGACAAACAUCCUGCAUACUGUUAGGAGUGGAAUGUUGAUUUGGGCUUAUUAUGCGCAAACAAAAAUGGAUAUGUGGUGGUGACGUUUAAGCCUGGUGAAUACAUGAGAAAGACAAUAACUUUCUUUAAAAUUGCAGUGAGUUGUUUGCUUGCUUGUUUCUUUAAGUGUCAGAAUUGUCAAAGUCACAAUUUUUUUAGGAGACUCGCCUUCAGGGCUUGUGAAUGUUGGAUUAAGACUAUUAGCACUAUGGAUUUUAUAUUGGCUCAUCUAAGAAACGUCAUGUCUUUCUGUUUUUGUAGGCCAUGUUUUUCGCUGACCAGCUACUUUCCAAGCGGAGUCCGACAUCUUCUGCUCAUAAGCUAUCACAUGACUACCAUUCGCCAAUCAGAACAGAGCUCCCUGUUGGAAAUGGUUCGCGCGGAAGAAUACCAUAACCAUUUCAAAACUUUCCUCUUAUGGUUAAAGCUCUGUAACAAUGUUGUAUAUCAAUGCAAGUUAUAUAUGUGGGGCAUAAAUUCUUUUUUUAAUAUUUGAAAUCAAGGGAUUUAUUUUGUGUUGAUCGGAAAACUAUGCAUCCAAACAGCUCUGUGGAGUCAAAGUUUUCUACGAGCUUAACAAUAUUAUAUGUUAAGAAUUGAGUCAAAUAACGACAUCAACGUACACUUCGGUACAUACGCGUUCUCUGGAAACUCCUUCAUUAUGGAGUAAAGCUAUAAUAAUCUGCGAUCGCAAUAUAUAACUCUUUUAAUUUUUAUGAGUUAAGGUACUGUUUUGGUUGUUGACUUAGCGUUUUAUUUGCGGAGUAACUAUUCCUCAAGAAGGUGGCAAGACAGCGAAAGCUACAAACCCAAAAUAUUCAUCCGUUUUUGUCAUCGUAUUGUGAAAUUUUUUAUAAAAAGUGAAAGACAUUUUGGUUUGUAGAGAGAACUCUGUAAAUGUUAACGUCAAAUCUGGGGUAUAUGUUGUCAUGAAUAGCCUGUCAAAAACCGUAGUUUCUUCAGCUUUAUCUUCAACAUUUUUAGUUUGAUAACUUUCUAUAUUUUUAGCACAUCUCUCUAUACGAUUUGUGGCUAAGAAUUUAUUGGAAUAAGUGUUGGUGUUUGUAUGUAUAAUGCAGGAUUUACGUUGUAGUCCAAGUCGCUGUAAAUAGAACUAACACAUCCUCUAGUUUUGUAUAUACCUGUGUAAGUAUUGUUGUGC